ACCAAACUGACCUGAGCCGAAAUACACACGUCGAUUAUUCGGAUCUACAUCCACGAGUAUCUCUCGAUAUUGUUGAGAUCGCACGCUAUCAGCGGAGGAUCUCUUUUUCUUUCCAAAAUUGCCGUCCCACCGAAACCUUUCUUUUUCUUUCAAUUUCUUUUACUCAACUCUUUACUAAAAUUCAGAUCUAUUCAUCUCUCACACACGCAUACACACAAUCAGAUCCAUACGGUUCUCUCAUUAUCAGAUUAAUUUGUUUACUGUCAAAUAUGUGGCGAAUUAAGGAGAAGUUCAUGCCUAAGGAGAAGUCUGGGCUUGAAGGUCGUAUGAUUGACAUUGGAAAUCUGAAAAUUCAUGUUCGCAAUGUCAUAGCUGAGGGUGGAUUCUCUUGUGUUUAUUUGGCUCAGGAUGCUUUAAAUGCUUCAAAGCAGUAUGCACUCAAGCACAUGGUAUGUAAUGAUGAAGAAUCUCUUGAGCUGGUGAAAAAAGAAAUAUCUGUGAUGAAAUCACUUCAGGGGCACCCCAAUGUUGUUAUGCUUUAUGCACAUACCAUCUUAGAUAUGGGGCGGACAAAAGAAGCACUUCUUGUUAUGGAGUUUUGUGAUAAGUCUAUGGUUGAUGUGUUAGGGAGCAGAGGUUCUGGGUUCUUUGAGGAGAAACAGAUAUUUCAAAUAUUCAGGGAUAUUUGUAAUGCAGUUUUUGCCAUGCAUUGUCAGUCACCACCCGUUGCUCACCGUGACUUGAAGGCAGAGAACCUCUUACUUGGAUCUGAUGGAUUAUGGAAGCUAUGUGAUUUUGGUAGUAUCUCUACAAAUCACAAGCGAUUUGAGAGGCCAGAAGAAAUGGGCAUCGAAGAAGACAAUAUAAGGAAGCACACAACACCUGCCUACAGAUCCCCUGAGAUGUGGGACUUGCUGUUGAGAGAAGUUAUUAGUGAGAAAGUUGAUAUUUGGGCCCUUGGGUGUCUCCUUUUUCGCAUAUGCUAUUUCAAGUCUGCAUUUGAUGGUGAAUCCAAGCUACAAGUUUUGAAUGGAAAUUAUCGCAUUCCUGAAAUGCCGAAGUACAGCUCGUCAAUGACAGAUCUCAUUAAGGACAUGCUGCAGUCCUCACCAGAGGCCAGACCAGACAUCACGCAGGUGUGGUUUCGAGUUAAUGGUCUGUUACCAGACGGGCUACAGAAGUCAUUACCGGACAGGCCACCUGAAAUGCUUCAAGGUGAUGUGCAUGAAGGUCUUCCAAAGUCUGCAAAUAAAUCUAGUCCAGUGCCUCGUAGAAGUCCCCCUCCCCCUCCAACAGCUGCAGAACCAGCUCGGAAUGUGCCUCAACCAGGAGGAACUGGUGGGCCCAUGGGUGCUUUCUGGACCUCUCAGUAUGCUAAGGACUCUACUGUUGUUGACGAGCUUAGCAAAAUCAAAUUUGAUGAAGAGCCAGCUGGUUCUGACAGGAGUCGUUUAGAGAGGUUUUCCUUGCACAGAACUAGCCCCCCUAAAGAUGAAACUUUUCAUUCCCGCCCUUCGCAAAAGAACAUUCAAGGAAAGUCAGGCCCUUCUAAGGACUUCGAAAUGAACUUUUUCCAGGAUGGUCCAAAUGCUAAAUCCAGUGAUGGUUUUAAUGCUUUUGCAACUGAAUUUGGCAUUAACAAAGUCAGUCCUGGAAGGAAUAGUGUUGGCAUUGGGAAGGAAGAGCAGUUAGAGGCUGAGGUAGAAAAAUUGAGGGAACAGUUGAAACAGGUUAAUAUGGAGAAAAGUGAAUUAAGUUCCAAGUAUGAAAAGCUAUCUGCUAUUUGCAAAUCACAGAGACAAGAGCUACAUGACCUGAAGCGAAGUCUUGCUUCUCGAACUCCGUCACCAAAUCACAGCGUCUCUAAAAGCCAGCCAUCCCCUGUAGUUCAAAACCAGUCUCCGUUGCAGCAGAAAGAAGGAACCAUUCGGGAGCUACAAAAGGGAUUGUUUGACAGCUCCCCAAGCGCCGAUCAAAACUCAUGGCAAGCAUUUUCUGAGGAUCCCGCUGCUCCAACUUUGACAGCAAACAACUCUAAGUCUGUUAGAACCAGAAAUGGCCAUCAGAACAAGCAGCCAGCUGAAGUAGCUCCUAGUUGGGGUUUCGGAGCAGAAAGCUUUACUGCAGUUCCUACUGUCAGCUCUCAGGUGAACACACCCAUCACCAGUUUGAAUAGUUCUCAGCGUUUCGGGGAGUCAAAAAACAAAGAAAGCAAGCCAGCAUCACAACCUGCUGGAUGGGCUGGCUUCUAGAUGUUAUAGAAAUUCCAUGUUACAUUUACCCCUGAAAUCAUAUGUUCGUAUGAAAUUUUUGGGAAAUUUGGGAAUAGGAAGAGGAGCUUAAGAGACGACGUUGGGGGUUAUUUUUCUGAAGUUGCUAUUGUGUGUUCUUGUAUAUCUUUUCACAGAUUUGAACUUGUUACUCCAUAUUAUUAAAUGACUACCUACUUUUAUUGUGAUA